CUUAUAUUAACCACAGUGAUUUUAUCAAUUAUAAAUUAUGUACUAUAUUAAACUCUGAUGAUACUAAAUCUGAAGGUACUAGUAAUUCUGAAGAUCUAAGAAAUAUUGUAUGGACAAUUGCUUUAGGUGCUAGUUUUCCUUCUUGGGAUUCUUUUGAAACAAGUCUUGAACUUUAUAGAAAAAAAAAGGAAGAUUCCAAACCAAAAUAUACUACUGAUCAUAUUUAG